AACCGGAUAGUGGUGUCGCCGAUGUGCACCUAUUCCUGCGAAGACGGUAUGGUUAACGACUGGCAUCUCGUUCAGUACGGCUCGUUUGCGACGGGAGGCGCCGGUCUUGUGGUGUGUGAGGCGACUGGUGUGGAGGCCAGGGGUAGGAUUGCGCCCCAAUGUCCCGGACUAUGGAAAGACGAACAGAUCGAGCCCUGGCAACGGGUGACCCGUUUUCUCAAAUCUCAGGGCUGCGUACCCGGCAUACAGAUCGCCCACUCGGGCCGUAAGGGCAGUACUGUCCCGACUUGGGUCGGCAGGGAUUCAAUUGCCGAUAAGGACGGCGGGUGGCAGACCAUCGGCCCCACCGCCGAAGCGUUUGGCGCCGGUGUGACAAAAGUGCCUAAAGAGGCCACCGUUGAAGAUAUUAAUGACAUCAAAAGUGCUUUCGUGGCGGCGGCUCUUCGCGCCGUUAAGGCAGGCUUUGAGGUAAUAGAAUUGCAUUUUGCCCAUGGUUAUCUGGUUAGUAGUUUCCUAUCGCCGGCCACUAAUAAAAGGACUGACAAUUACGGCGGGAGUCUUGAGAAUCGGAUGCGUUUGGGUCUUGAGAUCGCGGAAAGUGUGCGAAAAGCACUGCCGGACGACAUA